AUGUCUCAACCAGUUGCCUUUUACAAGCUCCACAACGUAUUCAAGUACACGAUCCCACCUCAUCUUCAUAAGUUCAUUGAGCGCGACUACGAUUUCCGCCUUGCUACAAAAUCCGAACAUCAGGAAAUACAUCAGAUCUUCUUUCCCCAGCGCCACACCGCGACACAGAUCACCAAAAAAGAUAUCCUCGAGCGUUUCGAGAUGUUUGUGCUCCCCUGCAUCCUCGCUUGUUCAAUCUGGCGUCCUUCGGAAAACCUGUUGGUGUAUUAUGAAGAGCUAGUACCAGUGUUUGAAGCCGUUGAAGUGGACUUGCCGGGUGAAACAUCGACCCCAUCCCAUCAAUGAGGGGACCGCUCAUUUUAAACCACUCCGAUCAUAGUUCAUCCGAUCCGGCAUCAAACACUACGUCGGAUGCAUGUUGUACAUACUCGGGUCAACUCUCCAUCUAGGACGAAAGAAGAAUUCGAGAUAUUUAGAUUACUGCCCCAAAUAUGUUGUAUAGACCCGAUCUCUUACCAUUUGUUGUCAUGUCAUUUCCUUGGAUAAACUGGUCUCUUACCGUUUGUUGUCAUCUCGUGUCUUUGGAUGACUGGUCUCUUACCGUUUGUUGUUAUCUUCCCUUUUGUGAAUGUUACAAGUCAAUAACAAUAUUAGAUUCCAAGACGCUA